AGUUGAUUGAAGAAAACGAGGAGCAUGAAGAACUGAAUGAAGAGGAGAAAAAUCACGUCAAAACUGGAGAAAAACCUUUGAGUCGCUCUCAAACCAAAGAGAAAGAUUUAAAGAAAAGAAGAGCUAAGAAAUCUUUCACCUGCACUCAGUGUGGAAAUAGUUUGAAAAGCAAACGGAGUCUCGAAAUUCACAUGAGGAUCCACACUGGAGAGAAACCAUACACUUGUGAUCAGUGUGAGAAGAGUUUUACACAAUCAUCACACCUUAAGAGACACAUGAUCAUCCACACUGGAGAGAAACUGUAUGAAUGUUAUCAAUGUGGAAAAACAUUUUUGUGGGCUUUAAGCCUGAAGUAUCACCUCAAAGUUCAUACGAAACAGAAACCACAUUCAUGUUCUUUGUGUGGAAAGACGUUUUCACAACUGCAAAGUUUAAAAGUUCAUCAGAAGAUACACACUGGUGUGAGAGAUCAUAUGUGCUUUGAGUGUGAGAAGACUUUUAUUACAGCUCAACAAUUGAAACGGCACGAGAGGAUCCACACUGGAGAGAAACCUUACAAGUGUUCACACUGCGACAAGAGAUUCAGUCAGUCAGAACAUCUGAAAACACACGAGAGGAUUCACACUGGAGAGAAACCUUACAAGUGUUCACACUGCGACAAGAGAUUCAGUCAGUUAGCAAGUCUGAAAACACACGAGAGGAUUCACACUGGAGAGAAACCGUAUCACUGCACUGUAUGCGGGAAGAGUUUCACUCAGUCAUCUAAUCUAUGCAGGCAUAACAAAAAUAAUCACAGUCAGUAGAUCAUCUUCAGAUGAAGCACUUUCAGGACUGACUUCUCAUCCUCACCAGACGUGACACAAUAAUGCGUCAAGCAAUACAAUCUCGUCUGUAUAAAUCUGUCCUAAAAAAGAAACAUCAUCUUAAGUCCCCAUGAAUAAAGUUAAUCUUCAAGACCAGAAGUUUCAACUGUAACAUGUUUGUGGGCUUCAGCCUCUGAAGAAUCACCUGAAAGUUCAAACGAAAGAGAAACCACAUUCAUGUUCUUUGUGUGGAAAGAGUUUUUCACAACUGCAGAGUUUAAAAGUUCAUCAGAAGAUACACACUGGUGUGAGAGAUCAUAUGUGCUUUGAGUGUGAGAAGACUUUUAUUACAGCUGAACAUUUGAAACUGCACCUGAGGAUCCACACUGGAGAGAAAC